AUAUGAAAUUUUCUUCAAUUUCUACACUUAUAGACAAUUUUAAACCAUUCUAUUUCAUUAAAACACCUAAGCAAUAAACUGUCUUCUAUUUGAAUGUCAGUUUCAUUGAAUAUUUCGAAGAUAAAAUGAGUUUUGCUAACCGCAAUGAAUUUGUAACGCUUGAGCGAUUGUUUGAUGCGGAAAUGCAAGCGAAUUGAGUGAAAUUGUGUUAAAAUAUUACAAUGGACCUGUCGCCAGACGAGGAACACUUCCAAGGCCGGCUCCUGCAUCAGGCUGCGCUAUGGGACAACCUGGAGCUGCUAGAGGAACUACUAGCGGGUGGCGCAGAGGUGGACGCGCGUGACGCUCACAUGCGCAGCGCUCUCCACGCGGCGGCGCUCGCUGAGCGGAGCCGCUGUCUGCCCGCACUGUGUGCAGCCGGUGCUGACGUGGACGCUCGGUCUGAUCACGAGACUGGGGGAAUGACAGCGCUUCACACAGCCGCUGAGCGCGGUCAUGUCGAGAAUGUUAAUGCGUUACUGGCCGCUGGCGCCGAUCUCAGUGUUUUGACAGCCAGCGGGGAGACAGCGCUCGCACUCGCUGAAAGGGGGAGACAUCGGCAUGCUGCGUUGGCGUUGCGGGAGGCGAAGGAUGCGUUGGAAAGGGAGCGUGCGUCGCAGCAUGCACAGCUGCGCGAGCUGGUGGUGCGUGGGGAUGCCACGGCGCUGCAGACCAGACUGACGGAACUUGGAUCAGCAGCUGGAAUUGUGGCCAACCUCACUCCUGGGGGCGCGAAUACGUUGUUAUAUGUCGCUUCCGAACUAGGAGCAACCACGGCCGCUGCGGCGCUGGUAGAGGCUGGAGCCGACGGCCGAGCGCACCCCGUCACCCGCUACGGACCUCUGUACAUCGCCUGCUAUCAUGGACACUCGGAUAUUGCACAGCUGUUGCUCCAUCAUUUUCCAGAAGCAAUACAGCAAGAGACUGUGGAGAAAUGGCUGCCACUCCACGCAGCCUGCAUCGGUGGUCACCCUGCGCUGGUCACGCUGCUGCUGGAGUAUCCCUACCCUGAGCACUUGCUCAACACAUACACAGACGCGAGCGGCAAGUGGCAGUACCGGUUCGCGUUCGACGUGAACGCGCGCGACGCAAGCGGGCAGACGGCGCUGUACGUGGCGUGCACGCUCGGCAACGCCGCCGUCGUCGACGCGCUGCUGGCGCACACCGUGCCCGUGCACCAGCCUCAGACGACGGGCGCAGAGCCGGUCCCGGUACAGCCGCAGCCGGUGCAGAGUCCACAACGAGCGGGCAUCUCGCUCGGGAUACACGCCAUCGUGAGCAAGCUCACCGGCGCCGGAAACAAACCCAGCGCAGUGAGUAGCGCGGGCGAGCGGCGCGUGCGGCCGGUGCGCGUGGAGGCGGCGCGCGGCGCGGACAGCUGCGCGGCGUGCGCGGCGCGCCUCAACCACGCGCGCGUGCUGCGCCGCCUGCUCGCCGCCGGCGCGCGGCCCGACGCGCCCGCCGCGCCGCCGCCCGCGGUAACGCCCGGCGAGCCCGAGUGUCGCGAGGCGCGGCGCCGCUCGCGCAGCGCGUCCGUCACCCGCAGCCGCGCCUCCCCCUCGCCCUCGCCCUCGCCCUCCCCCGCGCGCCCCGGUUACAGCGACGACCGAGACGGGCCGUGGACCGCCUUAGCUGUGGCGGCGCGAGCCAAGCACGUGCAGGUGGUGGAGAUGUUGCUGGCGGCCGGAGCCACCGACCCCGGCGGCAGAGCGCUGCGUGAGUGCGCUCGCCACGGGCUAUCGGAGCUACUCGCAGCGCUGCUCGCCACCAAGGCCUACCCCGACCCCGACUACAAGCUGGACAAGUCGCGCGUGUCGCAGAGCGUGCUCAACGCGCGCGACGCGGACCCUGCGCUGUCAUACAGUGCGCGUUGCCCCACCACGCCCGUCAUGGUCAACUGGCGGGAGCUGCGCUGCCAGCUGGCGCGCCUGCGCAUGAGCUGGCUGGCGAGCGCAGCGCUGCGCGUCAACCCGCGCCUGGGCGCCGCCGGCAGCGCCGCGCUGGCCAUCACCCGCCUCGAACUCGCCAACAACGAGCUGCGCCUGCUGCCGCGCGAACUGUUCUCGCUGCUCAGUCUGAGAUAUCUCAACGUAGCGCAGAACAAGCUGGAACGUCUGCCGACCGCGGAGGACCCGUUCGAGGACGAGGUGGAGGGCCGGCGGCGCGGGAAGAAGCAGGUGAAGCGCAGUACCGAGGUGUACACCGCGCCCGUGCUGCAGGAGCUGUACUUACAGGACAAUCGUCUGGAGGAACUCCCGCCGGAACUCUUUUCCCUCCCCUCUCUGACCAGCCUGGACGUGUCCAACAACAAGCUGCGUGCGUUACCACCACAGAUGUGGCAAGCUCCAGCGCUAAGAGACCUCAACGCUGCACUCAACCACCUCAAAGACCUGCCCACAGGAGAUGAGGGCGUGUCGGAAGUGCAGCAGCAAGCCUCCCCGUCGGACUCCUCGUCGCCCAGCGCCUCCCCCUCCGUCCACUCAGCACCGUUCGCUUUCGACCAAUCAACGUCGUCGUCUCGAAGUCCGUCUCUGGACGUGAGCGAGUCCUCCCCCGACGAGGACGAUAUCCCCUCGCUCGGCAACCGCGCAGGAAACGCCGUCUGGGCGGAGGCGCGGCGCGCGCACGCGUGGCGCGGCGCGCGGGCGGCGUCCCCCGCGCGCGCGCCGCCCCCGCCCCCCGCGGGCAGCUGCCUCGCGUCGCUCAACCUGGCGCACAACCAGUUCUCGUGCGUGCCGGCCCCGCUCGCCUGCCGCGCGCCGGCCCUGACGCGGCUCAACAUGGCCUACAACAAUCUCAGGUCUAUGUCGUACGUGACGUCAUACCCGACCAGUCUGCGCCAGCUGGACCUCAGUCACAACGAGAUCACGUGCUGGCCCAGCUUACCCCAAGUGGAGAGCUUCGGCUCGAGCGGCGUGGACCCGCUGUGGUGCUACUGCCCGAAACGCUCGGUGCGCGCUCGCCCGCGCUCGUCCGGCUCCGUGCGCUCGCAGCUGCUGAGCGCGGCGUGUCCCGCGCGGCGACACCUGCGCCUCGAGGGGCUGCGCACGCUGAUUUUAGCCAACAACAUGCUGACACGUAUCCAGCUGACGACGGAUGACGACGGACUCGUGCCGGCGGAGGAGCCGAGCAACGACGAGAACGAUGACGAAUGGAGCAGUCGCGGCUCCCUGAAGGCUCGGCUGCUGUUCCCGCUGCUGUCGAUGUUGGACGUGUCGAGCAACUUGCUGCGCGCCGUGCCGCCCGCACUGCACCUGCUGUCCAACCUCGCCGUGCUCAACCUUAGCGGAAAUAAAGACAUCACUGACUUGCCACCCCAGAUGGGCCUGCUGACCCGGCUAUGGAACCUGAACACGGUGGGCUGCUCGCUGCAGGAGCCGCUGCGCUCCGUCGUGCGCGGCGGGCGAUGCCGCAGUGUGGACGUGGUCGGUUACUUGCGCUCCGUGCUGCAGGAGGCCAAGCCUUACGCGCGCAUGAAGCUCAUGGUGGUCGGAGUGCAGGGUAUCGGUAAAACGAGUCUGCUGGAGUGCUUGAGGCAGGAGUCGGCCAUACAUCACCGGAGGAAACCAACGGAUCACUGGGCGAAGCGGAUGGGCAACAAGUCGUCCCGUCGCGGCAUGUCGACCGUGGGCGUGGACAUCGGUGUGUGGGUGUACGAAUCGCAGCGCUCGCAGCGCGGGCCGCUCACCUUCCGCACCUGGGACUUCGGGGGACAGCAGGAAUACUACGCAACCCACCAGUACUUCCUAUCGAAGCGCUCCCUCUAUCUGGUCGUGUGGAAGGUCACCGACGGGCGGAAAGGACUCGCGAGCGCCUUGCAGUGGCUCAGGUCCAUCCAGGCGCGCGCGCCGGGCUCGCCCGUGAUCAUGGUGGGCACGCAUUACGACCAGGUCAAUACUAGCAAGAUGAGCGAGAGCGAAAGCCCGAUGGCGCUACAGCGUCUCAUCCGCGGCGCGGUGAUGGCGGCGCCCGACGCGGACAAGCUGGGCCUGCCGCGAGUCCUGGACUCCAUCGAGGUAUCGUGCAGCACGCGACACAACAUCAAGCUACUCGCGGACAUCAUCUACUCCGUGGCCUUCAGCGUCAAACCCCCCGGCAGCAAGGAGCCGCUGCUGGAGCAGCGCGUGCCGGCGACGUACCUCGCGCUGGAGGAGUGCGUGCACGCGCUCGCCGCCGACCUGCGGGAGCCCGUGCUGCGCCACGAGGAGUACAAGCGACUGGUGACCCAGUACAUGCAGCAGAAGAAUCUCCGAAUGUUCCGCGACGCGGCGGAGCUACACCAGGCGACCAUGUUCUUACAUGAAAACGGCGUGCUGCUGCACUACGACGACGCCACGCUGAAGGAGUUGUACUUCGUGCGGCCGCAGUGGCUAUGCGACGUGCUCGCGCACGUGGUGACCGUGCGGGAGGUGAACCCCUUCGCCAGCAACGGCAUCAUGCGCGUCGAGGACCUGUGCCACGUGUUCAAGGCGUCGCCGGCGCUGGGGGCGGGCGAGGAGGCGCGCUCGCUGGGCGCCUCGCUGCUCAACAAGUUCGAGCUGGCGCUCUGCUGGGACGCGCGCUCGCUGCUCGUGCCGCCGCUGCUGCCCGAGCGCGAGCCGCGCUGCCCGCAGCUGGCGCUCCGCUCGCGAGCCUGGCCCGCCACGCCGCGCCGCGCCGCGCAGCCCGCGCCGCUCUCCGCGCCCCGCGGGGCCGACUCUCCCCUCCUCAUCCAGGACGGCGGCGGCGUGGCGGUGUCGGCGCGCGCGGGCGGGCGCGGCGUGCGGCGCUUGCUGCUGCUGUCGUACGUGCCGCGCGGGUUCUGGGCGCGCCUGUGUGCGCGCGUGCUGGCCGACCCCGCGCUCGCGCAGCACGCGCCGCAGCUGUACUGCGCGCCCCGAGAGAUGGAUAUAGACGAAACCGUCACGAAGGCUCUCGAUUUCAACUGGUCCUGGAAGCUCUGGAAGACUGGUCUGAAGCUGGUGUGCGGGGAGCUAGUGCUGCUGGCGCUGCGCGAGCUGCCGCCGCGGUAUGACCCUCUACUGGGGGCGGUGGGAGACGAGGACGAGCCCGACGAGCUCUACCACUCGAUAAGGUUCCGGGUGCGCGCUGAGGGCACGUGGAGCGAGCUGGACGUGCAGUCCUCGGCGUGCGUGGAGCUGCUGCUGCCCGCGCAGGUGUGCGUGGUGCGGCGGGACGAUGGCCUGCCGCUUGCCGGCUGUCAGAGCCUCAGCCUGGAACCAAACCCCGAAGUGUUGACGAAAGUGCUGGCGUUGGUGUCCGACCAUGUGGACUUGUUGCUGGAAGAUUGGUACCCAUCCCUUGGUACCCGCUUCGUGCACACGUCGGAGGGGCGCUGCCUGAUAACCCGCGUGGCGCCCUGCCCCGCGUGUAUCACGGACGCACAGAACGAGGCGCACGACGCGCACCACGCGCACCAACACGAGCACGACAAACACUUCUCACAGGUUUUUAAACGCUUAGAUCUCGGCAGCGUUGAGCCGCGUCGGCUGCGGCUCUCCGAAGAGUCGCGAGCUUCGGAUGGUGACAGUGGAGUAGGAGCAGAGUCCAACACGUCGUCCCGCGUGGGCUCGUCGGAGGGCGUCUGCAGCAGUCCGGCGCUGGUGGCGACGUGCUGGACGCUGGAGGAGUGCGUGCUGGCCGCCUGCACGUCCGCCCCCCUGCGCUGUCCUCACCACCCCGACGUGCAGCUGGCCGACGUGGCGCCCGACACGCUCCUUUUGGACGUGGAGGAGGAAAAACGUGCCCGCUGGGAGCAUAUCACUCGCACGGCCGUUGCCGGUCGUGGGGCCUUCGGUACCGUCCUCACUGGCACGUGGCGGCGCCCUGGGGCGAAGCCGUGUCCCGUCGCCGUCAAGGCUCUCCAGCCAGUGGCUCCGCCCUCUGCUCACGAUAUAGCCGCUAUGCAGGCGUAUAAGGCGGCGGUUUCGCGCUGGGAGCGCGAUGCCCAGGGUGGCGCGUGCCGCGCUUACUGCGGCCUGCGCCAGGAACUGGGCAUCCUGUCGCGCCUGCGCCACCCGCACGUGCUGCCGCUGCUGGCCGCCUGCGCCGCCCCGCUGGCGCUGCUGCUGGCCGAGGCCCCGCAGGGCUCGCUGGAGGGCGCGCUGCGGCGCUACCGCGGCUGCGGCGCGCGCGUUGGCGUGCGGGCGGCCGGCGCGCUGGCGCUGCAGGUGGCGCGCGCGCUGGAGUACCUGCACGCGCAGCGCGUGCUGUACCGCGACCUCAAGUCGGAGAACGUGCUGGUGUGGUCGCUGCCGUCCCCGCAGGACGCCGAGGAGGCCGAGGUCAGCCCCGACCCGAUCGACGUGCACGUCAAGUUGGGAGACUACGGUAUAUCCCGUCUCGCCCCACCGUCCGGAACGAAAGGCUUCGGCGGCACGGAGGGCUUCAUGGCGCCCGAGAUCAUGAGAUACAACGGAGAGGAGGAGUACACUGAGAAGGUCGACUGCUUCUCGUACGGGAUGCUCCUCUACGAAAUCUUCACGCUGCGACAGCCGUUCGAGGGCCACGAGGCGGUCAAGGAAGCCGUGCUCGAAGGAGCCCGGCCUCCGCUGGCGCCUAGAGACCUGCAGUACCCGUGCAGCAUGCUGGAGACCAUGCGGCGCUGCUGGAGCGGCGCGCCGGAGCUGCGGCCGUCGGCGGCGGCGCUGACGGCCGUGUGCGCGGCGCCCGAGUGGCUCGCGCUGCAGGACGCGGCGCAGGCGCGCCCCGCCGCCCCCCCCGCCGCCGCCGCCGCCGCCGCCGCGCUGCGCCUGGCGGGCGGCGCCGGCUGGGAGGCGUGGUACGGCGGCGCCGAGCCCGAGCGCGCGCACACGCUCACCGCCUCCGCCGCCGCCUUCGCGCACCACCACACGCUGCGCGUCCCGCCGGAUAAAACGGAGCCGGUGAUAGUGACGGCGAUGUGUCGCGUGGGCGCCGACAUGUGGCUCGGGGACUCCGUCGGCAGAAUAUUCGUCUAUACCAUAUCAACCUGCGCGUUGUCGUGGAGCGUCCGUCUGCAAGACGUGGUGGGCGGAACGCCCAGCGCCGUCGCCGACUUGCAGUUGCUCGCACCGCUACCCAAACUGGCCGUCGCGCUUGCGUGCGGGAGACUGUUCCUGGUGAUGUCGGAGCGACCCGAAGAGGAAGGCAGCUUCGUGCUGACCGAACUCGGCGCGGCCACCGAGCUGAGCUGCCUCGCCGCAGUGCCGGUCGACGACGGAGUGGAGGUGUGGGCGGGCGGCCCCGAGCUGCACGCGUACGCCGUCCGCGCGGAGGGGGUGAGCGCGGCCGAGCAGCUCCCCGCGCCCGCGCGCCUCGCGCUGCUCUGCGCGGCGCCACUCGCGCGCAGCGUGCUCGCCGCCGCACGCGCCGACGUGUUCGUGUACGCGUGGUGCUCUCGCACGCGGCGCUCCACCGCGCGCCUCGACUGCAGCAAGUUGGUGCCGUGCUCCGAGAGCCUGCAGUCCAUCGCCAUCGACGAGCACCUCGGAGCCGAGCGCUGUCGGGUGACGGCGCUGGCGGCGCUGGGUGAACAGGCGGUGGUGGGCACGGCGUGGGGCUGCGUGGUGAUCGCACACGCCGCCUCGCUUCGACCGCUCACCGUGUUUCGGCCCUACGAGGAAGAGGUACGAGCGAUCGUGCCGCUACCACCGUGGGGCGGUCGACGGCAGACUCAGCUCGUGACCUUCGGUGCCGGGUACCGACCGCUGCUGCAGAGAUACGCACCUGCACAGUCGAACAACACGACAACUUACUCCGGCUUCUACUGCUUGCUCUGGACGGCACAGCACUGGCUGCCGGACUAACUCCAGCACACGCAGCGCACACGCGUGCUGUUCUCAUGUGUCCGGCCGCAGAGGGCCAUCCCGAGAUAACAUGCCCCAACUUGUAGCUUAUGAAGGGCUUGCGGUUUAGAAUAUACGACGUCUUGAGAGAUGUUACAAAUGAGGAUAUUUGAAGCGUCAUUUCUCGAAUUUAUUAUAUUUGUUACAAAAAACACCAAAAAUAAACACAUAUAUAUGUAUAUUCGCUUCCAAAUAAGGUUUAAAACGUCUAAUAAUUUUACGAUUUAAACAAAAAAAUUAAAUAGGAUUGCCGUCUAAUAUGGCAGAUGGUAGGCGCAGAGCCAGAACAAACCAUUUAUAUAUUCUAACGGCAGGAGUGGUCAAGAUAAACAGAACUUCGACUAACAUAUACCACGCAGUUCUUAAUUAAUAUAAUAUAUAUUAUUGUCUGUAACACGACACUAUUCCACUUAAUUCACUUUCAUUUCACUUAGUUUGAUUACAACUUUGAUGACAUUCAAAAAGUCAUAUUCAUAAAGUCAAAUUUAUCUUUACUUCUGCCAUUGGAAUCGGCGGUAGAACCGUUAUUGGUAUAUAGGUGAGUAGGUCGAUAUAUUGGUAAUAUAAUACCUUAUUGCAACCCGAAUUUUAAUAUCUCGAUAGUUAUGAAUUACUUUGUAAUUGUAAAAUUAAAAAGAGGUAACGUUAAAAGGGUGCGACGAAGCUCAUAGACAACGCGGGUCUAUAGACUCGUGAUAUAUGUAUAUAAUGUAAUUUAUUUGUUACAUUUUGCAAUGGGUUUUGAUGGCGCCAAAUUAUUUAUUGUACUUAAGUCUAAUUGCUUUUUUUAGUUUAAAUUAUUUAUUGCCAUGACAGAAAACGAAUCGUUAUUGAUUGAUACAAAUAUCAGCCGUCUUAGAUAAGUGCAAAACGUUUUUUUAAUCACAGAAAGCAUACUUAAUACUUCUGGAUCAUUCUAUAAAAUAUAAAUUUUAAUAAUGGUUUCUAUUUUCUGUGGAUAGUGUUAAAAUAUGUUUAUAUAUAUACGAAAAAUUAUGAAUUAUUUUUCUUUAACAUAAUCGAACAUCUGGUUCGAUUAUGUUAAAGAAAAUUUCAUCUUCGAUUUCUCUUACGAUUUCUACGUAGCGGUGACAAAGUAAUGGAAUUUUCUAGAAGUAGUAGAGAGAACAAAAUAGAAAAAGUCCAGUAUAUUUCAAAUGUUUGUCAAAUAUUCAAUAAUUAAAACAAAUGAUUUUAUCUGUGCUACUGGUACGGUAGAGGAAUUUUAUCUGUGUUUUGUUGUUAUGAAAAAAAAAAACAUUAUCUGCGACGGAUAGGAACGUCUGAGUGACGGCUCUCUUCAGAUAACCAGUUAAAACCAUUAACUUUAAUGUAAGCGUUUUAUAAUGUGUCUGAUUUUGAGUGCUUUUAUGUCGUUACCACAUGCUAAACGUGUAUCCACAGUAAACUCGCUGAUGUAGUCUAGGCGGGACCGACUCUACGGCAACAUACCGUGGAAUGUACUUUAUAACUUUUUACCUCAAUUUGAAUUUCAAUACUAAAUCAUUAUUCAGAAUAUCUCAGUAGAAUAUUGUUUUAAAUGUAUUAUACGAUAAACAGACAUUACACAGACGCUGCUUAGAAAUAAAAGUACUAAUCUACAAACGGAGAUACGGUUAACAAAACACGACUUUUAAAUUAAGAAUAAAAUAGUUUUUUUUUUAAUCCAGUCCGCUGUAAGAUUACGUCCGGUUCAUUGUUAGGACUUCGCUGUGUUACUUAAACCCUACCCUUUCAGUAUUUUGUAUAUUGGUUGUAUUUCUCUCCUUGCAUCCUCGCUGAUAGCAAAAAUUCUUUUAUAUGUUGAUAUAAGAUUAUAAUCUGCAUUUAUUCAAUCGUAUUAAUUUAAUUGCACGAAAAUCCGUCCAGUCAACCAGCCUGUUUUUUUUUAUAUUCCUUAUUUUUUAUUUUAACUUUUGAAUCUAUGGUUACGGAAAUUGCAUUUCUAAUAUUAGUAUUUGUUUCUGAAACAAAAAUAAGUCUAUACUAUACAAAUAUAAUGUAUUUCAACAUAUAUUUAUACAUUAAUAUUUAAAAUAUCAACAUCUUGUAACCAAAUAGGGUAAUAAUAUUCUACAUAAUAAUGUAUUAAUAAAAUCGUAAAUAUGGCUAUAACUUAAAUGCUUACCUCAAACUCUGUUCUCGAUUGCAUUCUGAAUUUGACACUAAAGCAAUUUCUUCAAGUAUUCAAUGGAGGCAUUUCGAAGUUUACAAUCAUAAAUUUACAUUUAAUAAUAUGCGUCAUUGGUAUCAUACAAGAUCGAUUGCUUAGAUUUUAUAAAUUAAAUUUUUAAAAAAAUUAACAAACAUAAUGUACAAUCCCUUCUGCCAAAAUAUAUUAUAAUAAUAUAAAACAUUAUUUAUCGAUUUGUGUACAAACAUUAUAUGUACAUUUUAUAUAAUUAUAUAUUUUAACUCAUUCAUUCAUUCGAACCAGUCAAUGGCACUUAGUUUUUAUAAUCAGCUUUAUAAUGUCUCAUGCACAAUUGUAUUAAAUAAACUUAAUUCUACCAAAAUAUUAUGUAACCUGAUAUUCAAUGAAAUAAAUAAAUAUGUCAAUUAUUUAUUACAACUCGUUACUACAAUACUAAUACACGUUAUUUAAAUUGCCCAGUCUGAAGUUAGUUACCAAUUAAAAGUAAUAAUACAAUAUGCAUGUUCGCAUUUCUAAGUAAGUUACCGCAACCUCUGUUUUUGUACGCAAAAACGAUUAACCAACCAAUCACGAUUAAUAUUUGACCGGCAAAAUUAUAUUGCGCGUUUUGUUAACUUCAAAUUAAUUAAAAUCGAUUGCAUGUACUGAUAUUAAUACUUUUUAAUUUUCUAGUGUACAUAAUAAAUUGAAAAACGUCAAAAUAAUCAUGGUGGUAGAGCUUUGUGUAAGCUCGUCUGGGUAGGUACCACCCACUCAUCAGAUAUUCUACCGCAAAACGGCAGUACUUGGUAUUGUUGUGUUCCGGUUUGAAGUGUGAGUGAGCCAGUGUAAUUACAGGCUCAAGGCCGCAGUGUAAUUACAGGCUCAAGGGACAUAACAUCUUAGUUCCCAAGGUUGGUAGCGCAUUGGCGAUGUAAGCGAUAGUUAACAUAUCUUACAGUGCCAAUGUCUAUGGGCGUUAGUGACCACUCACCAUCAGGUAGCCUAGAUGCGCGUCCGCCUUCCUAUUCUAUAUCUUAAAUUGUGUUUUAAUAAAAAAAAAUCGAGACUCUUUUGACGUUUCUCUGUUUAUUUUUAACAAAAUAACUUUGUUAUUUGUCAAUAUCUAUAUCGAUAAUUAUUUGAUUCGAUGUCUAUUUAAGAAAACGAAAAUAAAAACAUAUAAAAUAAAAUUUAUUUAAUUAUGUUUAUCGUUGUGAAAUUUAAAAAUGUCCAAAUAUAUUUUUGUUCUUUGUAUAGUCAUUCGCCUGCUAAUAUUAAAUCUGUUUUGUAAUUGUUGUGUUAUGCUUUGUAGC